AUGCCGUCAACACAAGAGACACGGUCUCGGGCGGGUCCGUCAUCUGGCUCGCCCACCCGCCCGCACAAACGCGCGGUGGAGGAGGACUUUACCUACAACGCGCGACAGGAUGUCAACGACCGACGAGCUGUUCGAUCCGAAUACCGCGCACUCAUCGCCGAGGCGGACGAGUCGAAGCGCGACCAGACGCUCAAACCACGUGCGCUGCUCGAGCUCAUCCACAAGGCGGACGAGCUUCACACGCGCGUCGUCGCGCCGAGCGAGAGCGUGCUCGACACCAAGACGCUCGCGUCCAUGUCCGAGAUGGGCGCACGCAUGGCCAAGAAGAUGAAGCUCAACGCCGACGCAUUCGAUACCCACGAGCUCAUGUCGCGCCUCGCGCGCUUUCUCGGCGGUCAGGCCGCACCCCUCCGCCCCAGCAACGAUGAUUCGGAUGACGAGGAGGAUAUCGAGCAGUGGAAGUGGGAUAGACUCGGUCGCCUCGCAAGUGGCGUAUCGAGACGUGCAGUUACUCUCGACUUUAUGCUGGGCCCGCUGGAGACGCUGCCGAAACAACGACGAGCGGGAAUGGUGAGGAGACAGGACGAUGCGCCGGCCCAGAGGACAGCCCCGCGCGCAUUGGGGCAGCACGACCUGCAACAGACCGACGGCAAGGAAAGCACCUCGCAGAUCUUCAAGGUCGCCCAGCUGCUCAAGCAGCAAGGCGACGCCGGUGUGUGUCUCUUCAGCUUCGCCGUGGAUCCGCACAGCUUUGUCAAUACCGUCGAAAACUUUUUCCACGUAAGCUUCCUCAUCAAGGAAAACAAGGCGAGCCUGCACACCGACCAAGCCGGCAACGCCAUCCUCGCUACUGCGCAGCCUCCGUCGGGGGAGGAGGAGGGGGAGGAGGAAGAGAUGCGAUCCAAGCAGUUCAUCAUGGAGAUCGACUGGGCGACGUACCUGGAUGCGAUCCAGCUCUACGGCUUGACCACCAGCAUCAUCCCCACGCGUCCGAACCGCGUCGAUCCGCUCAGUGGGCUAGCCGCUCUCUCCGGGUCCUAG